UAUUUCAGAGUUAGGUUCAUAAUUUGAUCGUUUUAGUCUUUACUUCUGUAUGCUAUCAACAUUUAUUCGCGAUAUUCCUUUCGCAUUAGAAUCUAAAUAAAAGGAUGUACAAUGUGCAAAGAAACAAGCAACAAUGAGCUAUUGUUUGAUUUCAUGGGGUGCUAAUUCGCAUGGUCAACUAGGACAAGAUAUACAAUCGGAGGAAUGCGUUCUGGCUCGCGAAACUGAUUUGUCACGGUGUUCAUUGCAACCAGAAAGUAUCAAGAAAAUAGUCGGAGGUGCUGGGCAUACGUUAAUUUUGGACAAUCAUGGUCAUGUAUAUUCUUGCGGCUGGAAUAAUAAAGGACAGGCCGGUUUUCCUAUAAAUGAAAGCACGCUUUUGUUUCGCAAGAUAGAGGGUAAACUAAAUGACAAUAUUGUCGUGGAUGUAGCAUGUGGUUGGGAUUGCUCAGCAGCGUUAACAAUAAACGGCACCUUAUUUCUAUGGGGUGCCAAUAACUUUGGACAAUUAGGAAAAUGCCCCAAGACAAUUCGAUGGACACACGAGCCCUUUGAGUUAGCAAUCGGUCGAAAAAUUAAACGGGUCUCCAUUGGUUUACGGCACACUGCUUUAGUAACAGAGGACCGUAAGGUUUUAGUAGCGGGAUCAGGCAACAAAGGGCAAUUAGGUUUAAGCCCCUCGGAGAAGACAGAACUGUUCACUGCUGCGUACGCCUUCACGGAAAUUCCAACACUGACGAAUAUACAAGACGUUGUCUGCGGUCAACACCAUACGAUCGCAAUAACAGAAAACGGGACUCUUUUUGCUUUCGGUGACAAUAAACACGGUCAACUGAGUCUGGAUACCGAAACACUUCCAAGGACGUCGUUUCCGAUCAAACUACCGAAUGUGCGCUUUAAUCCAUCUGUCGAAACGCACAGCGGCUGGUCGCAUAUGAUUGCUUUAAAUGAGAUGAUUAUCCUGUUUGCAGAUUGUCAGAUCUUUUCAUGGGGCCGAAACACGUACGGUCAGCUAGGUUGUGCGGGAUUCGAGAGACCAUCGUCAUGGAAAAUCGUGCGGGUCGAGGGCCUCCCAAGGAUUCGACAAGUUUCGGUCGGCUCGGAACACAACGUCGUUUUAACUGAGGAUGGAAGAAUUUUCUGCUGGGGUUGGAACGAGCAUGGAAACUGCGGGAACGGGCAUACGAGGGACGUGAAACUUCCGGAACAGCUUUCAUUUCCGUCCAACUUUUCGGCGAUUCGUGUUGGAAGUGGUGCUGGUCACUCGCUUGCUGUGAUUAAAAAAUCUUGACUAAUUUAUAAGUAUUAUAAACGUUUGACAGAAUUGUAUAUACGUAAAUAAAAUAUUUUAUGAAUCCUA